AUGGAGCCUGGGACCCCUUGGGCUACCAGCAGCCCCACGCUCGGGGGCACCCUCUCUUUCCCCAAUGCUACCACCCCUUGGCUGGGCCGGGAUGAGGAGCUGGCCAAGGCAGAGAUUGGGGUCCUGGCCACUGUCCUGGUACUGGCAACGGGGGGCAACCUGGCCGUGCUGCUGACCCUGGGCCGACCAGGACGCAAGCGCUCCCGCAUGCACCUGUUUGUGCUACAUCUGGCCCUGACCGACCUGGGCGUGGCGCUCUUCCAGGUGCUUCCCCAGCUGCUGUGGGACAUCACCUACCGCUUCCAGGGCCCCGAUCUUCUCUGCCGGGCUGUCAAGUACCUGCAAGUGCUCAGCAUGUUCGCCUCCACCUACAUGCUGCUGGCUAUGACACUGGACCGCUACCUGGCUGUCUGCCACCCACUGCGCAGCCUCCAGCAGCCAAGCCGGUCCACAUGUCCACUCAUCACGGCACCCUGGUUGCUGGCCGCCAUCCUGAGCCUCCCCCAAGUCUUCAUAUUUUCCUUGAAAGAGGUGGUGGAUGGUUCGGGGGUGCUGGACUGCUGGGCGGACUUCCGUUUUCCCUGGGGGCCCCGGGCGUACAUCACCUGGACCACCCUGGCCAUCUUCGUGCUACCUGUGUCCGUCCUCACCGCCUGCUACAGCCUCAUCUGCCACGAGAUCUGUAAGAACCUCAAAGUCAAGACUCAGGCCUGGAGGGUGGGCGGAAGAGGCUGGAGGACAUGGGACAGGCCCUCCCAGUCGGCGCCGGCUGCAGCCACGUGGGGGCUGCCCUCCCGGGUCAGCAGCAUCAGCACCAUCUCCAGGGCCAAGAUCCGAACGGUCAAGAUGACCUUUGUCAUCGUGCUUGCCUACGUCGUUUGCUGGGCGCCCUUCUUCAUCGUCCAUAUGUGGUCCGUGUGGGACGAGGAUGCGCCUGAUGAAGAUUCAACCAACGUGGCGUUCACCAUCUCCAUGCUCCUGGGGAACCUCAGCAGCUGCUGCAACCCCUGGAUCUACAUGGGCUUCAACAGCCACCUGCUGCCGCGCCCCCUGGCCUGCUGGGGGCGUCCUGGGCCCCAGAUGAGCAGGCAGCUCUCCAACAGUAGCCUCUCAAGCCGCCGCACCACCCUGCUCAGCCGCUCCAGCUGCCCGCCCACCCUCAACCUCAGCCUCAGCCUCAGUGGGAGACCCGAGCCUGAAGAGACGCCCCAAGACCCAGAGCCAGCCGGCGGGGAGACCGGCACCGAGCUGGGCCUCUUCUAG